AUGGGCUCACUACACAGCCGACUUGCUGAUAAUGUUUAUGAAUCGAUUGGCAAAUAUACGGAAUUAAAACGAGAUGAUAUUAAUGCGUGGGAAGAACGAUUCCUGCAACAAUGUGAUCUAGGCUCGAGAACAAUGAAUAAAGAACAAUUUUGUAAAUUUUAUCAAGACCUUCGGCCAUCGGAAAAUGUUAAACGUUUAAGCGAAAACGUCUUUCGUGCAUUUGAUCUAGAUGGUGAUCAUGGUAUUAGUUUUUCUGAAUUUCUGAUUGCAUACGUGGCUACGACAGAAGCACCGUUAGAACAUAAACUUCGAUAUGCAUUCAAUGUUUAUGAUUUAGAUCAUAAUUCAAUGAUUGAUCGAGCUGAAAUUUUAUUUAUCCUACAUGCUAUGUUUCAAUUAUUAGGUAUGAAUGAUAAUAAAUCAAAUAAAUACUCCUACGAGCAAUGCGCUGACACAAUAAUGAAAACGCUCGAUAUUAACGAAGAUCAAUGUAUAUCAAAAGAAGAAUUUAUUCAAGGUUUAUUGAAAGAUACAUUUUUGCAAAGUCUUAUGAAUCCAUUUCAAAAUGCUUAA